AUGAUCAUUAGUCUUGUUCGAAAAAGAUCACAUGUGCAACAACUAAAUACCCACCGUGAAGCUGCUGUUGCGGCGUUUUUCGAUACCGAAAAUUUACGUGUUCUUGACAGCGUGUACACAUCAUCUGGAGAUCCUUUAGGAAAGCUGUCUUCUUAUCAACCUAGCCGUUUGAUCUUAAUCGCAAGAUCUCCAAUCUCUGUAGAGGUCCUUGCUAAUCAUAAGGAUCAAACCUGGGUUCAUAUGAUAGCAAGAAUGCCCUGCCAUUCAUAUGACGGCAAUCAAAGCAAUCUAGAAAAGCAACAUGCAAUGCAUGGCCCCACUUCAAGGCUCAAGUUUGCUUCUCUCAUCUGCAAAUCAAACGCCCCCACAAUCUUGCAAUAA